AUGGGAAAAAGGGCCGGGGCAGUUGUUGCGCCUUUCGGGGAAGAAACGAAGACACUGUGGGCACAAUGGGACAGUCUUCGUUUGGUCGAUGGAAUUAUGUAUCGGGUUUGGGAACAUCCAAGCGCUAGUGACGAGACCUUGCAAAUUGUGGUGCCUAAAACUCUACGAAAACAGAUAUUUGACUUUCUGCAUGAUUCGAAAACGGGAGGACAUUUUGGUAUCAAUAAAACAAUCGGAAAGAUAAAAGAAAAAUUUUAUUGUCCGAAGUUACGAGAUAAUGUUAAAAAGUUGUGCGCUCAGUGUGAUUUAUGUUCUGCAAGAAAAGGUCCGUCGAGGAAGAUAAAGGCGCCAUUAGCUUCCUACGUGGUGGGAUCGCCAAUGGAACGAGUGGCUGUAGACGUCUUGGGACCGUUACCAGUUUCUGAGAAUGGCAACAAGUAUAUUUCUAUCGCUAUGGAUUACUUUACAAAAUGCCCGGAAGCAUAUGCACUUCCCAACCAGAAGGCAGAAACAGUAGCGAAGGUAUUGGUGGAUCAAUUCGUUUCUCGUUUUGGGACGCCUGUUGAAUUACACUCAGACCAGAGGAGGAACUUUGAGUCUCGGGUAUUUUCUGAAAUUAAUGUGUAA